AUGAGCAAAAUAUCGAAAGAAGCAUUCGAAUAUCUUAAUAAACUCAGAUAAAAUCCUUAGAUUGCUAUUCCAAAGUUGUAGGAACAUCUUAAAUUGUUCAAAGGAAAUGUUGUAUAUAAACCAGGAGAGAUCCCUUUACAAACUAAUGAAGGGCCAAAAGUUGUCAAUGGUUAAUAAUUUAUGCUAUUUUUUUUCAGAAUGCAUCUCCUUCUUACAGAAUCAAAAGCCUGUUGGUCCCUUAACUUGGAGCAAGGGUUUGGAAUCCGCAGCAAGAGAUCAUGUCAAAGAUACAGGACCAAGAGGUGUUACAGGCCAUACUGGUACAGAUGGAUCAUCAAUGAGUGAUAGAAUUGAAAGAUAUGGUGAGUGGGAUGUGACAAUAGGUGAAAAUAUCAGUUAUGGUCAAACAACUGGAGAAGAUGGUAUUAUUCUUCAAUAUAUGAACAUAGUCAUAAUCUAAUUGAUUAUUGAUGAUGGUGUAUCAUCAAGAGGACAUAGAAAAAAUUGUUUCAAAGCAGAAUUCGGAGCAGUUGGUAUUUUCGAUGGUGAUCAUAAAUAAUUCAAAACUCAAUGUGUUUUUGAUUUUGCAGGCUCUUUCUAAGAUUAAGCUGGCUCAGAUCCUAAUGGAAAUUCAUCAUAAGGUGGAGCUUCAUAAAAUGAGGGAGGUUAAAGUGCCCCCAUGCAAUCUAGAGAAUAAGCAGCCCCUGCUAAGGCAUAGUCCAAAGAUCCUGAUGAUAAGAUUGCCAAAGACGCUUUUGACUAUUUGAAUCAAGUUAGGUAAAAUCCAACCCUCCCCAUACCUAAGUUAUAGGAACUGAUGAAGUUAUUCAAAGGUAGCGUACUUUAUAAACCUGGGGAGAUUCCUUUAUAAACUAAUGAGGGUACUAAAGUUAUUCAAGGUAUAAAUAACGAAUAAUUAUUAGAAUUAAUUGCAUUUUUAUAGAAACAAUAACCCCUUCAACCUUUGACAUACGACUAGGGGUUGGAGUAAGCUUGUAUUGAUCAUGUCAACGAUACAGGUCCAAAAGGUGUAUGUGGUCACACUGGUACUGAUGGUUCAUCUCUAUCUGACAGAAUUGAAAGGUAUGGAGAGUGGAACGGAAAAAUCGGAGAAAAUAUCAGCUAUGGACAAAAGAAUGGGGAGGAUGUGAUCAUCUAAUUGUUAAUUGAUGAUGGAGUAGGCACAAGAGGACAUAGAAAAAACUGUUUGAGUCCUGACUUCUUGUUAGUGGGAAUAGCAGCAGGAGACCAUAAAUAAUAUUAGACCUAAUGCGUGUUUGAUUUUGCAGGGGAAUUCACUCCAAAGGGAGCACAAGGUUAAAAGCCUAAAGCGCAAUAAUCACAACCCUAAAGCAUGAAAGAUUAAAUGAAAAACAUGAUGUUAGGAGGCAAAGGUGGCAAUGUGGGUGCUCUAAUUCCACAAGAUGAAGAAGAAGGUAUUCGAGUCUAUUAGAUUCUUUUUAGAAAAGUUGCCUCCAGGAUGCGUUUCAGUUAGUACUUCAACUGCUAUCACUAUUAAGAAUGGAUAAAAAAUCACAAAAAUAACGAAGACAUAUAAAUUUAAGGAUGGAUCAAGUAAAACUUCAGUUUAAACUCUAACCGAAGGUUGAUAGCAAU